GAGUUGUGUUCUCAUCAGAAGCUUUCGAAUUACGAAAAGAAUUAUUGGAUUUGGUAUGGUACAACCUAUUACUUAUACAGAGAUUGCUUAAAGUGAUUUAUGGAAAUAGAGAAAGUAGUGCUGCCAAACAACAUUUCAAAAAUGUUUAUGAGCAAGAAGAAAUACUUAACGACCCAAUCCCUUCACAAAAGAAAACAAUGAUUCAAACACAUGUCAGAUCGUUUUUGGCACUUGUAUCAGCACUUGAUCAUCUAGAUGGAAAUCUCAGUAAUCAAAUAAAUGCUAUCUCCUUGUCUGGAAAUGAAAAACAAUUUAAAUUUGGUCAGUCAGCUCAAUUGUCAAGAAUUCGUGAUCUAGUAGUGAACUUAUUAAAGAUAUUAACAGAAGUUGUUGUUGUUCAGAAAAAAGAUCAAGAAUGUGAUUCAUUAGUUGUUGUUAAAGCAAAGUAUUUUUCUGAAUAUGUUCAACAUCAUGUCAUUAAGCAGUUGAUUGAGUUUGUGUUUGAAGGACCUGAAAAUUUUUUGACUGG